GAAAACCAAUUAGAGAAUCAGUCACCAAAAUAUUAAUAGUGUGGGUAUUAAUUGUGUGUGGUAUAUUUCCAAGCUGGAAAUCAUGAGUGAUUUAUGUAAUCUUUUUUUCCCUUUUUUUUCUGUGUUUUCUACGGUGAACACAUAUUACUGUUUUCAGCCAAGAGGAAACAGAAUGGUUUUAGCAAGAAAGUUCUUAGUCUGGGUGGAAGACCCAUACUGCAAUCCCCUUUUGCAGCGCAGAGCUGAGAUGGCUCCUCAGACAUCUUCCUUGUGCCCAGAGAACCUUGAUGGAGAUGGCCACACUGAUCCAGAAACUAAAGGAACUAGAGCACAGAGCGGCUGUGCCAUUCUCUCUCCAGCAAGAUCCAAGAAUGAAUGAAAGGGAGCACGAGGAAUGGGCCCAACAGCAGCCUCUGCCUUUCCAAGUGUGGGAGGCAGGUGUCCCUCGAUGGGACCUAGACUAAGCCUUAAGGAGACUGGCUAUGGGCCAAGCCUGGACAAGAGAAGCCCUGGAGGCCAUACUCCUCUGUGUACCCUGAUUGGAUCUGGAUAAGUUGCAGGAAGUUUUCUGUUCUCUGAUCCUAAAGGACUAGAAUUUAGGGUCUUCUCUUUGUAAGCUUGUCCAGUGUUUCCAUGGUUUUAAUAGACUAAACCCAACGCAGUAUUGAUUUCUGAAACCCUAAAAGUCCCCAACAGUGAGGAAACAAACAAAAGUAUCUCCCCCAUCGGCUACCCAAGUUCCUAACGAAGCUCUUGAGACAAGCCCUAGGGUUCUCUCAUCCUUAGCUCUUGGUACCCCAGAGGGAUUUUCAUAAGGAUGGUCCCAGGAGAACUGGCAUGAGGGAUUACCUUCUCUUGGGGAAAAUAAAUAUACAAAGCUCCUAAAAUCCGGAGUUUAAGCGAUGGCAUUUUUUCCUGGGCUACUUCUCAAGCCAAAGGAACCAAGGACCGAUCUCAACUUCAAGAAAUACAGCAAUGAUUUGAGGUUUUCUCUGAUACUGUAGAAAGCUGAAUUUUCCUUACUUUGUAGGUUUUAGCUUCCCUUGUAAAUGGCUCUUGAACACAAGGUGUUUUUACCAGCUUCCUCUGAAUAGAUUCAGCCCUUUCAAUGACUUUUAAAAAUCACUAUCUGGAAAGUGAUUCCUUCUUCCUUUUGCCAAGGUCAGAAACAGUGACUGGCUGUGGGCAGAAGUAAGUGAAAAUGGGAUACAAUGUGUGUUUUCUAAAUUCUUAGUAUUUUUCCUCCAAGUUUUUCAUUAUUUUUUGGUUGUAUUGAUUCUCAUGCCAUUAAUAUUACAUUUCUUCAUGCUCAUCUUGCUGUGGUAACGGAUUCAAGGACACAAAAUAUAGCAGGGACAAGAUAAUAAUCUUCCACUACCGAACUGAAAAGGAAAUAGGAUAAUAUGGGGAGGCGGCAAGUCACAGGGAGACAGAGGUUGAGUCAACAGAAAGUGAUGUUUUCUAAGAAUUAAGGUUACUCAACAAUAGAGUUGAUGAUAGUAUAUCUAUAUGGAUCUGUAUGAGGGAGUGUGCACUGCUGGUCAUAAAGAUAUAGCUCUAUUGCACCGUUACGAGGAUAUUCAAGAUUUAUCAGUAAGUGAAAAAAGCUAGUUGUGAUUUGGUAUGUACAGUUUCAUUUGUGUUACGUUGAUAUGAUAUGGAAAUAUGCACAAUUGUAGUUAGAAAAUUUCUAGACAGAAAAUUUUAAAAGACACAAAGACAUGAGUCAUGUUUACCCCCGGACCAGAGAAUGCAAAGCAUAGGAAGAGAAAACUAACUUUCCCGUUUAUACCCUUUUGUACAGAUGGCUGUUUUUCCCUGAAAGCAUUUUUAUAAUAUAAAAUCUUCGUUUUAUUUUUUAAGUAAACUUGGUAUAUUAAAAAAAAAAAAAAAAAAGAAGGGGAUGCUAACUUGUAAGAUCAUUAAUUUCCAAUCAUUGGAAAGACUGAAGCAGAAUUUGGGGGACUAUUUUUGAGGAAUGUUUGCUUUUAAAAUUACCUCCUACUGCUAAGGUCCUGCGACUCCAUUAUAUUAAAGGACUUCAAACCACCAAGCACAUAGGCUUUCCCAGCUUGCUUCUCGUUGGAAAGACUUGAAUAAUGAAAUGAGUAAGAUUAACCCCUUGCCCAGGAUUGCUUGUCAGGUCUAAGCAGGACAUCAUUAUCAUUUCUUUACAACGAAAUAUUUUAACUGUUUUUUUUUCAGGGUAGAGAGAUAUUUUUGGCUAAAGAUCCAGAAUCCAAGAAAACAGCAAGUGGUGUAAAAUAUUUUUCUUCUUGGUGACAUGGAUUCCAUAGAAGUAGGCUGCCAUUUUGUUUCUGUUGUCAUGACCUAACUAGCCUGGUGUUAACAUUCAUCAGAUCUUUGCCCUCUUGGUGAGCCCUCGUUUUCCUGAGGGGGCGAUGAGUGCAGAAAGGAACGCACGAGCUCAAUUUAAUCUUUUUUUUUUUUUUUUCUCUAUCAUUGCUUAUCUUCUCAUCCCCCUUGGCAGAGGUAGGGAUUGAUUUUCCAGUUAUAUAAGAUUGGGGUUUUAUCUUGUUCAGUAACACAUCAUGAAUCUCAGUUAAAUAGCAGCUGUUUCAAGACUAGCCUAUCACCACAUAUCAAAGGAAAAUGAACACAUAUGUUGCUCUCCAUUUCCCUCUAUAUUUUGAACAUAUUUUAUAUUUUUCUAUUCUUCAAAAUCCUCAGUAAGGAAAUUCCAAAAUUUGCAUCCCAUUGUGGCGAUAGGCAGAAUUGAGCCUGUCUCUAUUUAAAAUUUUAAUAUCUUGUUCAUCAUGGAAUUUUGCACUUGUUUUUUAAAAAAGAUAUUGCAUUAAAAUCAUGUUCGUCUUGAUCACUGAGUGUCUUUGGGGCUCUCCUAAAUGCUGAGUCCAAGAUGAGUAUCUCACAUGCCACGCCACUUCCAGCACUGUUCAGAAAGGUUUUCUUUUUCUGGUUACCAUCCUCCAUUAAAACUGAUGGUAAUUUCCUAGGGAUCUGGCUGUGGGAGCUCAGACCUACUAUGUUUACCUUUUCUCCUUGAUCCUCUCUGCAACCUUGUUAUUGAGUCUCACUGUAAGAAGAAUUUAACAAUUAUUUUUCUCUAUGUUUUGAAGAGAAAUGACUAAGAAAAUCUGAAUUAUAUAAAGAGGACAAAAGGAAAAAUCAUUUAAGAUUCUCCAUUCACUAUCCAGAAAAGAGUAUUAUUAGCAUUUCAGUGUAUUUAUUUCCAACCCGUUUCUAAUGAUGUGUGUACCAUUCCAUGGGCUUCCUUUCAUUGUUUAUUUCUUCCUUUCUGUUUAAUUUUUAAAUAUUAUGACCUGUCUGUCCAUCACAUUUUUCAAUGUCAGAACAUUAGAUGUUUAAUAGCUCCAUAGUUCCCAUCAUAGAGAUACAUUAUAAUUCAUUAUUCCCUUAGUUAUUUACAUUGUUUGGGGUAUUAAUUAUUAUAAAUACCAUAAAAGCUUCUUUUAUAUAUAUAUCCUGAUACAUCUCUCUGAUUAUUUCUUUAAAAUAAGUAAUUAGAAGUAGAAGUAUUAAGCCAAGGAGAAUGGAUGUUUAUGGUUACUAAUAUGCUAAUAUUGCAUUUACUUAUCAAGGUCAACAUGGUAAAAUUUUUCUGGUUUCCCAAAUGUUUUCAAGUUUUUCCAACAUUUUUUCCCAAUGUAAUAUCAUUCCCAGAGUGAGGAGAAUCCUUUAAUUCUCUUCAAUAAAACCCAGGGGGGAAAAUGUCUUCUUUUUCCUCUGUUUCAGAGCCACCAUGCUGCUUCAGGCAGUUGUGGCAAAGACAAUUCACACCAGCCUUAAAAUGAGAAGAUUGGAUGUAUGACUUACUAAUUUUGGGCAAGCCACCAAACCCUAGGUGUCUUAGGGUACAAAAUGAAGAUAGUUAUCAAACGGAUGGGAUUGGUGUGCUGUUAAAUAACACAUAUAAACACUCUUCAUAAACUAAAAAGUGCCACAAGUUACUAUUCUUGUUGUUCAUUAUUGUUAUUGUUAUUAUUAAACUGUUUUUAAAAUGAGAGCUUGUUGGUCUUUGAAAUUCCCCAGAUAGUGAGGGAGGGUGUGCAAACUGGUUUUCCCAGAGGCACCCAGUUUAUUAUUAUGAAGAAAGUAGAAGAGAACUCAGAGUUUAGUCGUGAGUCAGACCAACUGUGAAAAUUCACUUCCAAGCACUGGCUGAAAACACGAAAAUACACACAGUGCAGGAGAACCAACACUUAGUAAUUAAUCUACAUGCAGAGGACAUGCAUCAACGGGGCCCUGCUGGUCCUGAGAGAGCUCUCUGAGCAAGAGGAGGCAAUGCCAGUAGCCAAGAAAGUAGAAUGUGUCUGGUUGAAAACUACUGUCAGGAGGGCAGUCAGGUUUGAAGCAGGUGAAUGAUUUGUGAAAAGGGUUCAUGAAGAGAUGUCGGGGCGUAGAACAGGGACAAAGCAGACUCUCAUGUCCCCUCAGAGCAGAGAGCAUUGUCCCAUUUGGCAACUUGGAAGGUAAGAUCUAUAAGAUGAUCAAAAUUGUGGUUUCAAUGAAGUGGAAGAAGUCGGCCAGUUUGUUUUAGGUAAAUAAAAAUCUGAAACUGCAAUUUAUGAGAAAAUUCUCAAACUAAUACAUUUUCUAUUUCUUUAGCUCUAGUUGCCUCCAAACACCCAUGUUCUGGCUCAUGAGGAAGCCUUUUUAAGACUAGCCCGGGUGUCCUUCCUACUAUCCUGUCCCAUCCCUGUUUCUUCUUCUGUGCCUUUGUACAAAACUUUCCAUACAUGCAAUUGCUUCCUGAUUACGUUUUUUACCUUUUCUCUCCCAGGGCACAGGAGACCCCACACGCUGGGCAUGUCUCCUGGUCCCGAGCUGGCGCGGGGCGUGGGUGUGUUCUGACUAACUGACAGACCUGAGUCUCCACUGUGUAGACCCAGCGUUUAUUCAUGAAGAGCAAGAACCACACAGUAGUGAGUGAAUUCAUUCUCCAGGGGUUUUCCAGUUUCCAAGAACACAAGAUCAUUCUCUUUGUGAUAUUUCUUCCAUUGUACCUUUUCACUCUGGCUGGCAAUGUCCUCAUUGUGACAGUUAUCAGCCUCACUCGUCACCUCCACACACCCAUGUACUUCUUCCUUAGUGUGCUCUCCAUCUCCGAGACCGUAUACACCCUGGUCAUUGUACCGUGGAUGCUCUGCAGCCUUACUGGUCUUAACCAACCCAUCUCCUUGGCCGGCUGUGCCACCCAGAUGUUCUUCUUCCUCACCUUGGCCAUCAACAACUGCUUUCUGCUCACGGCCAUGGGGUACGACCGCUACGUGGCCAUCUGCAACCCCUUGAGGUACACGGUCCUCAUGAACAAGAGGGUGUGUGCCCUGCUCGCAUGGGGGGCUCUCAGCAUUGGGCUGCUUGUGGCCGUAGUUCAGAUUUCCUCUGUAUUUAGGCUGCCCUUUUGUGACAGAGAAGUGGCCCAUUAUUUCUGUGACAUUCUCCCAGUUAUGAAACUCUCCUGUGCAGAUACCACUCUACAUGACAUCAUUAAUUUUAUCAUCAGCUCAUUUGUUAUUGUGGUCCCCAUGGGGCUGGUCUUCAUCUCCUACGUCCUCAUCAUCUCCACGAUUCUCAAGAUCAGCUCUGCUCAGGGCCGGAAGAAGGCCUUCGCCACCUGCGCCUCCCACCUCACAGUGGUCAUUGUCCACUACGGCUGCGCCUCCAUUGCCUACCUCAAACCCAAGUCUGAGAACACCAGGGAUCAGGAUCAGCUGAUCUCGGUGACGUACACGGUCAUCACCCCCCUGCUGAACCCUGUGGUGUACACCCUGAGGAACAAGGAGGUCAAGGAUGCUCUUCGCCGUGCUAUUAGCAAAAAUCCUCUUGCCUAGGAUCUACGGUAGUUGGACAAAUGGCCUGUCAUCUUCUGGGUAUUUUGUCAUCUCAAAAAAUGUUUGUAGAUCCUGUUAUUCAUUCUUUACCCAGGAAGAGGUGCAGGACGCGGUGGUAGGGCUGCAGUGACGAGCUCAGAGUUUCCCUGACUUGAAGUUCAUUUUCAUCGUCAUGCUCCCAUGCCUUCUACUAACCUCGGACAUUAGCCCCGGAGGAGGCGUCAGGUGCUGCCCGGAAGGGGGAGAGCUGGGAGGGAAUAACAAGCAAGAGGGUGGGCAGUUGCUGUCAGUGUGUUGAUGGUGGGCACCUGGGCUAUAUGACACCUAUUUGAAGGGAGGCGUUAAGGGAGCAACCUGAGUGUCAGGUAGAUCCUGAGCUCUGAAACAGAGAGAGAGGUUGGCUGGUGCACGCACAUGCUGGAAACACAGUCAGAGCUACCUUCCUACUCAUCACUUUCUCCUCUGGGCAGUGACAAGAGUCACAGACCCUGACAUUCCAGAAGAAAAAUUCUCUGCUUUAACAUUCUCACCUGCCUUGGAGACCCAUGAAAUUCCUUCCAGUUUUAUUAAAGCUCACAUUAGAACCGUUUCCGUGGUGAGUCUCAUAUUCACAUGUUAGUAAGUAACUUGUCACACCCGACAGUGGCAUUUCCCUGCAGUUAGAGACGCGCUCUGUGGGGUAACGCACGCACUGGGCUGCAUUCACGAGUGUGGGGAUACCUGAAGACCCUUCCUGAAAUUAAGUGUAUUAGCCACACCGCCCCCCCUAACGCUGGCUCUCUCAGAUCCGGAUAAUCAGAGCAUGUGGAGCCUGAGCAGAGACGUGUGUCUUACCUUCACGCUCCUCAUUUCUGCGCUGCUGAACUCAUUUUCUGUCAACAGUUGGGUGCCUGCGUUCAGCUCUGAGCUUGAACGCUUGUCUAAACACAGGCCGAGGUGUCUCCUAGUUCCUGAUGCUGUUGCCUUCUGCAGGGGGGAUUGGAUUGAUGUGUGAGAAAGGUGUAAGGUUUUAGGGUUAUUUGGCGAGAAAGUGAGAAAGAGAGCUUGCCAAAGGUCUUACAGCCCGUAAAAGGGUGAUGUUAAAAAAGAAUAAUAAUAACGAUGAUGAUAAUCCAAAUUUCCCACUCACCAUCCUCUUCCUGCUCAAGGAUGGCCCAAGUGUCCCCACUGAAGGUGCAUUGAGAGUGCGUGUCUGACAAGCGACUUGGGAUCCCUAAUGGCAGAGGGACUGAAAAGAGAACCUCUCAUGUUUAUGAAACAUUGCCUGGAAGAGUACAAGCUUGGCCUCUUCACAGCAGCUGCCUUGGGGGUGCCCUUAUCCAGGUUCCA